GACUUUAGUAAAUAAGUUGCUGUAGGUUUUGUCAUGGUUUUUUUUGUGGAACAAGAACAGCAUGUUAGAGGGAGCGGAAUUCAGAGAAUGUUUGCAUUGAGAUGUCUUAAUUUAUUAAUUUGUUUUAUUGGAAGAAAAUGAAAUUAUUUGUAUGACCUAAAAAGCUUUUAAGGAAGGAAGCUUGUGAUUGUGAUUGUGAUACAAGAAUAGAUUGUAACAAAAACAGCCACUCAUCAAGCAAGAAGUGCAUGUUUCAUUAUUGAAAAAGUUGUUUAUAAUAUGCUUGUGUUAUUUUGUAUGUUUCUUGGAAUGGCUGUAAUACACUUGAAAAUCAGGCAAAUAGAGAUGGAAGAAAAACUGUCCUUGCAAAUGGAUAUUUUACACAAAAUUUCUGUUCAACAAGAUUUGCAAGAGAAGAUAUUUUAUCUCAGCAAGAGUAUAUUGGAAAAUUCUGGAAAAAUUAGUUCCAUUCAUUUAAGCAAUCUAUCUGACAGUACAGAUAAAAUAGGUACCAGUACAAAUUCUCAGGGAGUUUUCAAGAAAAAAAAUGAUACUACCCAGUUGUCAGGAAUAAAAUUAAACUCUAAUUUUGUAAACACACGUCCAAGAUAUGAAAUUAACUUUGGUAAAUCAGAAGGAGGUAGUGAUAUUUCAAAUUUAUCAAAUGAUGCCAUAGUUCAUGUAAGAAAUUUAAAUAUUGUAAAUAAAAGUUCCUUAAAUAAAGAAAAUAUGUCUGAUGUCAUUCUUAAGACAAAACUCUUCACUGAUGUUUUAAAUAAAAAUGUUAGUGCAUCAGGAAUUUUCGAAAAAUUGCAUUCAAGUCAAAGAACACCUAUUUUUCCUUAUGUGGAGUGGACUGGAAAUAGUACGAACCCUGAAGAAUGGAAUACAGAAGGAAAUGAACGUGCCACCAAAGGGAACGUUUUAUCACGUGUUGUACGUUCUAACAGGAGGAAAGGUAAAAAACAUAGACAACCACUUCCACAAAGUGGGAGGACUCGUCCUCGCAAGAUAUCCAGGGAUCGUGGUUCUGUACUGCACUUCAUAGGUGGAGUGCCAGAAAGGAUAUUUCAAGAUGGAGGUAUCAUUGCCCCAUGGUUUCAGGAUAAGGCUAUGUCUGGUAAUUUUGGAGCCUUUCAGUAUGAUCUCAAAGAAGGAGGACUUGUGGAAAUGUCCGAAGCUGGCUUGUACUUAAUAUAUGCCCAGGUUUACUACAUGACUACAGAAUUGCAUAACAGUUUUGCAAUAAAUAUAAUGGAAAAUGGAAAGACACAAACUCUGCUUGCAAUGUGUAGUGCUAAUUCUUGUCCAAAUAUACCUGGUUCUUUGGCUGAGUUGAGUUGCUUUACAUCAGUUGUACGGUUCCUGAAUGUUGGCGAUCAAGUUUUUGUCCUGCAGAGAGAAAGAAAUAGGCGAAUUCUUAUGAGAGAAGGACAGUCGUUUUUGGGACUUGUCAAACUAAACAGUCUUUCUCAGAAGAACUAAAACAAAGAUGAUGUUAACAAUAGUCAUUUGACAGUUAACGAUUCAGAAGAAAGGAUCUUAUGCCAAACUGUGUUAUUUUCUUUGUGCCUUAACUAUUACUUGUAUCGUGUGUGUGUUUGAAGUGUUUAAAUAUUUUUCUCUACCAUUAUUGCAUUUACUAGGGUUAUUUUUUUAAAUAGUUUGUUGGUCUAGAACUGUUAUGGUGUUGCUUUCUUUGUUAUGUGUUGCAUUAGGUAACUAUAUGUAGUUAAUAUGAUUUCAAUUUCUGCAUUUUUGUUUGAAAUAAAAAUUUUCAAAAUUA